AUGCGCAUUAGAGCGAGAAUGAGCUCUUAUUUUGAAGGGUGUCAACCGGAAGAUUAUCUCCAGGAACAUGGCUGCGCCUGCUAACAACAAUUCAGGCUGUUGGGGCAUCCCAGAUGUUUAUAAACACCACGAACAGCGGAAAAUAUGCAUUUCUCGACCUAAAUAUAGAGACGGAAGGAAAGCAAAAGCUGUUAAGGUGUACACCAUCAAUUUAGAGUCUAGUUACCUGAUGGUCCAAGGGGUCCCGGCCAUUGGAGUAAUGCCCGAGCUGAUCCAACUGUGCGCCCUGUAUGGAGUUGUGGAGGAGUACAAGCCCCUGGACGAGUACCCUGCUGAGGAGUUCACAGAGGUUUACCUUGUCAAGUUCCAGAGACUCACUAGCGCCAGAGCAGCAAAACGACACAUGGAUGAGAAGAGUUUUUACGGUGGUGUGCUGCAUGUGUGCUACGUGCCAGAGUAUGAAACUGUGGAAGACACCAGGCUAAAGUUGCAGGACAGGAGGAGAUAUAUAAUCAGGGCUGUUCAGAAUAAAGCAAGAGAAAGGGAACAGAAGGAGGCCGUAAACGAGGAACCCACUUCAUCAAUCAGGGCCACCACAUCAGAGACGGUCAUCAACAGACACGAUAAAACCUCUGACAAUGAUAAUACAGCCAUCGUAAGCCAUUAUUCAGGCUUUCCUCUACUGCCAUUACCUCCCCAGGAAUAUCAUUACUACAGGCAUACAAAUCAACAUGGGACUAUACCAACAGAGGACAAAAUGGGGACAUUACAUAACGCCAUCAUUGACACAAAACGGCAUCAAGCACAUAAUUCAAGCUCCAGCCAAACCUCUUCAGACCGAGACAGAGGCACAGAACAGAGACUGACCUCAAAUCAGUCUUCGGCAGCAGUCAGAUUUGUCCCAAGGACCACACAAUUGGAGAACAGGAAACGCAGGAUGGAAGAGGCUGUGGAGCAGUCACUGACUGAUGUUACUAUGAACAAUGAACCACUUAUUGGGCCAAAGCUACCAGAACCUCCGAAACUGGACAUGGAGGAUGUGUCACUGAACACAACUGUAAACUUGAUCAGGAACACAAUGAAACAGGUGGAAUCAGUUCCUGACCUCAAACCAGUGGCGAAGAAAAUGAAACCACGUCGUCGGAUUUGAUCGCACCACCUUGAUCUUGAAAUGUAUGCAGAGAUUACUGCUACUACGUUGGAAAAUGACCAAACUGUUUCUCUUGGCAUCUUGUUUUUAUUGACACACCCCACAAUGCAAACAGCAUUUUUUAUUAAAGACUAUAUUUCUGUAAAUGCA